AUGUCGCACCCCAGUGCAACCCGUCGCACCCUCCCACCGUUGCACGAGCAGCGCCCGUACAAGCUGUAUUACAGCCUUACCGGGCACAAAAAGGCCAUCUCAUCCGUCAAAUUCUCUCCUGACGGCCGCUUUCUCGCCUCCUCCUCCGCAGACAAGACUAUCCGCAUUUGGGAUGCCCUGAAUGGGAAGGAGGUUAGCACUCUCACAGGACAUCUUCAAGGCAUUUCCGAUCUCUCCUGGUCUUCCGAUUCCAAGUACAUCUGCUCCGCCUCUGAUGAUAAAUCUAUCCGAAUCUACGACGUCAAGUCUAAGAAUUGCGUCAAGACCCUUCGUGGCCACGAAAACUACGUCUUCUGCGUCAAUUACAAUCCCCAGAGCAACAUUAUCGUAUCUGGUUCCUUUGACGAAUCUGUCCGUCUUUUCGACGUACGCGGCGGCCAACCUCUUCGAGUCCUCCCAGCUCACAACGAUCCCGUUACAGCGGUUCACUUUUCGCGCGAUGGCGCCCUCAUCGUUUCUUCCUCAUACGAUGGUCUGGUCCGCGUCUGGGAUGCGGGCUCUGGUCAGCUGUUGAAAACCUUGGUUGGAGAGGAUAAUCCACCUGUCUCCUUUGUUAAGUUCAGCCCGAACGGCAAGUAUAUCCUUGCCGGAACUCUGGACAACUCUCUGCGUCUAUGGGACUAUAACACAGGCAAAGUUCUCAAGACCUACACUGGACACCUCGACAGUCGCUAUUGCAUCUUUUCAACAUUUGUGGUCACCGGUCCCCAAAAGCAUAUUGCAAGCGGCAGUGAAGACAGUUUUGUUUACAUUUGGGAUCUACAAACAAAACGCAUCAUUCAGAAACUAGAAGCUCAUACUGAUGUCGUGCUUGCCCUCGCAGCGCACCCCAGUCUUAGCAUCCUGGCCUCGGGAGCUUUGGAGAGGGACAAGACUGUUAAGCUGUGGAGGGCCCCGGAUGAUGUUUCGACGGUUAUCCAAAUGGAAUCAAGUCCUCAGCAUCCAGAGUAA